AUGAGCACUCAGCCAAGGGGUCCCAGUGGCCUGGACAUCAGAGAAGCCCAGUUGGAAGUGCAGCGCUGCCCUUUGGUGAAUGUCUCUGAAAUCUGCAGAACUUUGUGCAAAGAGUGUGGCAAGCACCAGCCUCACACAGCGACACAGCACAAGAAAGGCAAGGAUUCCCUGUACAGGCAGAGGAAAAAUCAAUCUGAUCAGAAGCAGAGUGGCAAAUCAAUUUUCUGGGAAAAGGCAAAGACCACAAAAAAGAUCAUACUGAGGCUUGAAUGUGUGGAACCCAACUGCAGUUCUAAGAGGAUGCUUGCCAUUAAGAGGUGUAAGAAUUUUGAACUGGGAGGAGAUGAGAAGAGAAAAAGCCAAGUGAUCCAGUUCUGA